AUGAGUGCAUCAAAAAAAGGAUCAGCCGAUGGCGGUGUCAAUAGUCAAACCGUACAAGAAGUAGACGAAAGUACAAGACCCGAUUUUAUAUACGGCGGUCCUUUUAUAAAAGUUGAAAAACCUAAUCCAUUUAUAAAUACAACUACGCCCUUAAAUUUGCAGCUGCAAGGCACUUUCAAAAAGAGCUUCGCGUACUACUCCCUCAAGGAGCGGAUGCCCGUCAUCCUAACGAAGGUCAUCGACUACCUGUCCAGGGAGGGGGCCAAGGUCAAAUCGGCCCACGGAGCGAGCGAUCAGGACGUCGUGGAGCUGAUCCAGUACAUCAACAAGCUGAAGAACGACCUGAUCACCAACAAGAAGUACGACCCGCUGACCGUGGACAGCCCCGAGGCCAGGAGGUGGAACCAGUGGAUCCAGGAUGCGGAGAACCAGCACUACUUCACCAACGUCUGGGUGUUCACGGAGUGUUACGUGUACAGGAGGCUGAGAGAGGGAUGCGAGCUGAGCAAGGGCCUGAAGAACUUCGACCCGUUUGAAGAUCAGAAGCGGAGGUCGUUCAAGGGCGCGCUGGAGCCGAUGUGCGUCGUGGCCGACAGGCUUGUCAGCAUACUGCCGCCCAGCGACAAGGACAAGAGGCGAACGGACUUUGCCACAUUGCUCAAGAUUUGUCUAUGGGCAAACAAGUGCGACCUCUCGCUGUCUAUGGGAGAACAGGUAUCCCUGAAUAAUCCCGACUCUGGGCAAACACAAGCAUUGUCCUUCGUGGAUCCCUUCCAAAUGAUAGUGGACUUUAAGGACAAGGUCUUAGUCGACGACUCCAACAAAAUCUGCGAUCAAAUCGUAGCCAAGGCGGAGGCAGUCGCGAAAGCUAUAGCCGGGGAGCCCGUUGGGGAAAAGGUCGAAUCCCCCCCACCGGAGGUCAAAGAGGGGGAGGUGGAGGUCGAGCCGAAAAUACCGUGUCCUGCUAAAAUGACCAUACCCAGUGCCGUCAUGUUCGACAUAGUGUGUGACAACGCAGGCUACGAGCUGUUCUCGGAUCUUUGCUUAGCGCACUUCUUAAUAUCGCAGGGCAUCGUCCAAAAGGUCAGGUUCCACGUGAAGAAAAUACCGUGGUUCGUUUCCGACGUCACCCCGGCUGAUUUCAAGUACACAAUUGAUUCGUGUAAGAACGCAAAUUACAAAAAGGAGUUGCCGCCGGAACCGAAGCCCGAGGCGACCGAAGGGGAAACUACGGAGUCCCCCCCACCUAGAGUCCUGAACGCAGACAGCCUGAAAGAGCUGGGUGAAGUAUGGAGCAAGUACGUGGAGGAGGGUACUUUUAUCGUGCUGUGCGACGAUUUCUGGACCAGCCCCCACGUUUACCGGGAUAUGCGAAGGAUAGCUCCGGGAUUGUACCGGGACUUGCAGUUCGCCGUCGCCGCACUAUUCAAGGGCGACUUAAACUAUAGGAAGCUGCUCGGCGAGAGGAAUUGCACCCCCACUCUCGGGUUCGAAGCCGCGUUACAAGGUUUCCUGCCCACCCCCAUUGUGGCGGUGCGGACCGUGAAGGCCGAUCUGAUAUGCGGCCUGCCGAAGGGCAAGUUCGAGCAGUUGAGCAAGGUAGACGAGAAAUGGAUGGAGAAGGGAGACUACGGCGUGAUCCAGUUCUGCGGGAAGAGCGAGCCGCUGAAGGUGUCGGAUAGACCUAGCCGAGCGAGAUGGCGCGUGACUCAUUUUUUGCUGCUGUCAAUUGCCGUUAACAAGAGGCCUUUU